UUCAGAUAUACUUCUCUGUUUAUAGAAAUGGAAGCGGACUUCGUUCCGCAUAUGCAAUUGGUUUGCUAAAUAAGAAUACUUCAUUAUUGCUACAAACUUUUCAAAGUAACAUCGCUGAUGUAUCCGAGGUUUCUAUUCAAACAAGAAGAUGUUCAAUGACAUACAAACCUCCUAACACCAAUGAAAUACAAAUAGACUUAGCAAAUGAUGCUUCUGCUGAUUUGUCAUCUAAAGCCUUUGAGGAUGAGUUUAUUCGAGGUCUUUGGUUAUCUAACCUUGAUGUAGACCGACCAAUAAAUGAUUGUUCAUGGAUACCGUCAUCUGAACCAGAAGGACCCUUCCGUCUUUGCGAAAUAAGAGAAACAUCACAGUGCAGUAUCACUGUGGUUUUUAUACCAGGAUCAAUUAGUGGUGUAGCAGUUAAUGAAAGUAAUCUUCUUUGCGCCAAUACUCAUUUUUUAGCUUCAAAUCUGAAACGUUAUGUGACCGUACUACCACGAUACGUAAACUCAUCCGUACCACUACCAGUGUGUAGAAGCCAAUCAACAACAACCCAAAUGACUUCAACCACUUCAAUGGCUACAUCAGGACUUGUAAACCCAACAACUGACACCACAGCAAUAACUUUCUCACCAACAACAACCGAUACAACAACAUUAGUAUUAGCUUCUACAACAACUGGCAUAGGGACAACAUUGGGUUCUACAACAACUGGCAUAGGGACAACAUUGGGUUCUACAACAACUGGCAUAGGGACAACAUUAGGUUCUACAACAACUGGCAUGGGGGCAACAUUGGGUUCUACAACAACUGGUAUGGGGACAACAUUGGGUCCUACAACAAUCGGCAUAAGGACAACUACAACAACUGGCAUACCACCAACCACAUCAUUGAGCACCACGUCAUCUACAGAUUCAACCACAUUAAACCAAACAAUAAUUUCCACAACUGUGUUUGACACAACAACAGAUGCUGUGAACACAAGUUGCCCACCUUGUCCACCAUGCGAGGAUUUCUGGAUGAUAAUUGCAAUUGUGUUUAUCAUUCUUUUCAUCAUAGCGCUGAUCAUCAUCGUUGUUUUGAUUUAUCUUCUUUGUAAAAAAAGACGAGAUCUUGCUCCUAAAGAUGAGAAAAACAUAGGAGUAGAAACUGGACCUACAGACAAUAUAACUCAUACUGAUGGACCAAUUCCUAUUAUUCCUGACAAACCAAAACCCCCCAGGGACUUACCACCUGAGCCAGUGCCAGCAAAGCCACAGAAUAUAAAACCUGAACCUCCCAUCCUCCCUCCACAUAUAUUAGAGCCGAGUUUUGAUGUUCCACGAAUGGCAAGUCCCCCCAGUAAUAAAGAAGUGAGAGGAGGAAAGUUCCAAACCUCCAUCCACCCGAUGAAUCUUCCUCCCAUCCAACCUCCUCCAUUAUCUGAUCGAUUCUUGCCACGCCAACGCUCGAAUAUAGACGAGCAUCGAAACAAGCAACGAUUGAAAAGAAAAUACUCUCAGAAACAUCAACUGGACAGUGAGGAUCCUACUGCACAGCAAGCAUACAACCAAGCACAAAGUGAAGUAGAUUCUGUUCUUCAACCAAGCACACCAACUGUGUUUCAACGACCCAGAAAAAAAAUGCACAAGCGUCAAGGUAAAAUGAAAGUUCCAGAUCACCAGGUUGAUCCAGAUCUUAAUUUAUUAUUGGGUCAAUAUAACCAACCACCAGGACAUUAUACCCAGCUCAGUUCUUCUGAUACAACGCCUAAAAAGCCCGACAAAAAUGUGGUUUCACCGAAUGACACCCGUGAGAGGAUGGCUGCUUUGUUAGAAGAUGCGUUCAGUUUAAUUUCCCCACGUAGUAACAGGAGUUCAGAUAUUCCAAAACCAUUGUCACCAUAUUCACUACAAGAAUCAAUGUUCCCUGAUGAUCCUGAUGGAGUACUGAUGCCCGCUCCUCAUGGAAGAGGAGAUUUAAAUCCCAGGAAUCGAUCUGUUCCACCAGUGCUUGUGGCGAAUAACUCAGGUAAACCUCCGUCAUAUUUGGUGCCCUCUGCAGCCUCACCGAGUGGCCAACCAACGUAUAUAACUCCAAUACGAAGAACUAACGGUCCAGCAGGUAACACAUGGACACCAUACCGUGCAUUUGAUGAAGUAUCACGCCUUCAAUCCUCACUCCCUAGCAACGACAGCGACUUACAAUCGUCCCCAUCUUUACCUCAUUCAACUGAUAGUCCGACCAACACGACCCGCUACCCACCCCUAGUCGAUCGGAAUAGUCAACUAAACUUUCCCUCAACGUCCUUACCCGGUAGCGUCUCCGACAGGUCAGUGGUGAGAGAAAUUGAAGACGAACUUGCCCGACUUACGGGCGCUCGUUCCCCGCAUAGUUAAACGUACUUGUGCCAAAAUUUUCACCUUAUAGUUCCAGUAUUGCAAUUUCAACAUUGUGUUUUAUCUCCCACAUUGUGCUCCCUAUUAUAUUGCAUUGGUUUUUAUUACAAGUGUCUCCAAUUGAAUUGUGUUAUGGUGCUGACCCGUGUUACGUACUUAAUGUGUUGAUUCCGAAUUGUGUUAAAAUAGUUUGUCGUUCACAACGUAACUGUGAACGCCCAGUCAAGUGUUUGUAUUAUUUACUGUGAGUUUUGUAAAACUUAAACCCAUUUUCGGGACAUUUUCUAUAAAACAGCAUUUUUUAUGCGUUUCUGUAAAAUGGAAUCCAAAAAUUGUGAAGCAUUACACUUAUCAUUGAAACGCCACUAGUACUGAACGAUAUUGAAUUUAUUUUAAAGUUACUUAUUACACAUUCACUGUAACAACAGUUUACACAACUAAAUAUUGCUAUGUGUUUUACAAAUGUAUUGCAAAACGCCAAAUUUUACCACCAAAACUCUGUAAGUUUUACUUGUAUUUUAGUGUUACGUCGUUCCAUGUAGUCCUAGUUCCUUUGUUAUACGUAGUAGUAGCUUUUACAUAUUUUCAGUCUAUUCUGCUAUUAUUAGCGAAAUGUUUUAAUAAAUAUUUGAUAUAUAUUCGUAUAAAAGGUUGCAUUU